GGAAGCUUGGGGUUUACACAGUACGGAUGCCAUGGCACACGCACACGCAGCGAAACGACCCAACUGGCGGACAUGCAGGAGGAAGCGCAGUCAUGCCGGCCAGUGGAAAAAGGCGCUGCCCCCCAUGAUCACGAAACCGACGAGGUACCUACCUAUCUGGAUCUGAUGGAACGCAGCGCGCGAUGCUACCUUGAUAAGCGGCCCUCCGGGAGGCCUCGGGAGGAGGUGGUGGUGGAUGACGCCUUGAACGGUUUAUGCCGCGGGUCUCACGGCAAAUAG